GAGGAGGAGGAGAGGAGGGAGACGAGCGCCACGCCGCGCGUAAGAGCGGCCGGAGGAGGAGGAGAAGAGGCGGCGUCGAGGAGAGAAAGAGCCGAGGAGAGAAAGCCUUUGUACUGAAGGAAGGAGGCCGGCAGGGGGGGAACCUUCCCGGCUUGGAGAGGAGAAGGAGAAGGAGAAGGAGGAAAGCUUCGGAGGCUCCUCAGUUCGGCCACUCGCGUCCUUUCCUUCGAGGGCGUGUGACGGAAAGAAGAAACCCCUGCUCCUUGCUUGGUCUCUCUCUCGAGUCUCUCCACACACGGACAGGCAGAUAGAUAAGGAAAGGAAAUACCAAUCUCUCUAUCUAAUAUAUAUAUAUUCUGAGCGGAGCGAGGAGGAGAAGGCACCGGGCUGGGAGGUGAGCGGAGAGGAUGGUGACAACGAUGACGGUGUGGAAGAAAUGGAGAUGAAUCAGACUAUGCAGAUCCGGGGACUCCUGUUGCUCCUGCCGGCUCUGCUGUGGGCGCUGCUGCUUCGGCGGGACGUCGCCGCGGGGACAGAGGAGGGAGGUUGUUUUCUUUCAGGAACGAAGGUUACUGGAAUGCCAAUCAAACUGAAGGUGUCUCAGGGGCAGCCGGUAAAACUGAAUUGCAGCCUCGAGGGAAUGGAAGAUCCAGAGAUGCUGUGGAUCAAGGAUGGAGCUGUGGUGCAAAGUGUAGACCAGGUGUACAUUCCAGUAGAUGAAGAACACUGGAUUGGUUUCCUCAGCUUGAAGUCUGUAGACCGGACAGAUUCUGGGAAAUACUGGUGCCAAAUUGAGACCAAUGGUAAAAAGGAAGAAUCGCAGCAAGUGUGGCUCAUUGUGGAAGGUGUUCCUUACUUCACUGUUGAGCCGGAAGAUUUGUCUGUUGUCCCGAAUACACCUUUUCAUAUGGUCUGUGCUGCUGCUGGCCCACCUGAACCAGUUACAAUUGUCUGGUGGAUGGGUGAUUCCAGAAUAGGGCCUUCAGAUGUUUCCCCCUCCACUUUAAAUGUGUCAGGUAUCAAUCAAAGCACAGUUUUCUCCUGCGAAGCCCACAACAUAAGAGGGCUGUCUUCAUCUCGGACAGCUACUGUGCAUAUUAAAGUUCUCCCCUUUCCACCUCUCAAUGUGACAGUAACUCAGAUCACCAGCAACAAUGCCAAUGUAAUUUGGCUACCAGGAUUCGACGGGCUUUCUCCACUUCUUUCUUGUACCGUACAGGUGGCUGAAUCCCAGGCAGAAGAGGAAGUGGUUACAGAAGUUGUCCCUGUUCCCUCCUUCAAUAGAGCUUUGCUGGGCUUAAAGCAUUCAACCAAUUAUAGUGUGCGGGUUCAGUGCACCAAUGAAAUGGGCAGCUCCCCUUUUACAGACUGGGUCAAUUUUCAGACCUUGGGAUUAGCUCCAAAUAAUACUCCACAAAAUGUACACAUUAUCCACAGAGACUCUUGCCUGAUUUUGGAAUGGGAACCAGCAGUUCAAGAAAUGCUUAGGGACAAUACACUUGGAUACAGAUUGGAAUGGAGUCAAGAUAAUAUAACACAGGGAGAGAUGGUAGUACAAGACACAAGAGCUAAUCUAACUAUGUGGAAUCCCUUAAAAGACCUUCUGAUCAGGGUGUGCAUAUUAAAUUCGGCUGGCUGCGGACCAUGGAGUGAGCCUUUAUUGAUUACAGCGGAAGAUUUAAUAGAAGGACAACGACAGCCUCCGUAUGGGACAUCUUGGGUUCCUGUGGUUUUAGGUAUUCUGACGGCACUGGUCACAGCUGUUUCCUUGGCACUGAUCCUCCUGAGGAAAAGAAGAAAAGAAACCCGUUUUGGUCAUGCCUUUGGCAGCAUGGUGGGAGGGGAUCCUAUAGUCCAUUUCCGAGCAGUGAGAUCUUUCAACAGAGAAGUGCCAGAGCUUAUUGAGGCAACAUUGGACAGUAUAGGAAUCAGUGAUGAACUGAAGACUAAACUGAAAGAUGUCCUGAUUCAAGAGCAGCAGUUUACACUGGGAAGAAUGCUAGGCAAGGGAGAAUUUGGUUCUGUAAGAGAAGGUCAGCUGAAACUGCCUGAUGGCUCUCUUCAAAAAGUUGCAGUGAAAAUGCUAAAAGCGGACAUCUUCACUUCAAGUGAUAUAGAAGACUUCCUGAAGGAAGCUGCCUGCAUGAAGGAGUUUGAUCAUCCACAUGUUACCAAGCUGAUUGGAGUCAGUUUGCGCAACCGGCCUAAAGGCCGUCUUCCAAUCCCAAUGGUUAUCCUACCAUUUAUGAAGCACGGAGACCUUCACUCUUUUCUACUGAUGUCUCGGAUUGGAGAAACCCCUUUUAACUUGCCCCUCCGGACCCUCUUAAAAUUUAUGAUUGAUAUUGCUAGUGGCAUGGAGUACUUGAGCUCCAAAAACUUCAUACACAGGGACUUGGCUGCCCGAAACUGCAUGCUGGAUGAAAACAUGAAUGUAUGUGUAGCUGACUUUGGGCUUUCAAAGAAAAUCUAUAGUGGAGACUAUUACCGUCAGGGCUGUGCCUCUAAGCUGCCAGUGAAGUGGCUUGCAUUGGAAAGUCUGGCGGACAAUCUCUACACAACACAUAGCGAUGUGUGGGCAUUUGGAGUGACAAUGUGGGAGAUUGUGACCCGAGGACAAACUCCUUACGCAGGCAUUGAGAAUGCAGAAAUUUACAACUACCUCAUCAGUGGGAACAGACUGAAGCAACCCCCUGAGUGCCUGGAGGAUGUGUAUGAUCUCAUGUGUCGAUGUUGGCAUUCAGAACCCAAGCUACGCCCUAACUUUGCAGCACUGAAAUUGCAACUUGAAAUGAUUUUGGCAAGACUGUCUUUGCUCUCCACCAGCCAGGAUCCUCUUUAUGUCAACAUUGGGAAACCACAAGAAGCUUGUAGAAAUGAUGCCACAGCAAAUUGUCCCUUUGGAACCUUGGACGGUGAAGUGAAUAUUACAGGAGCAGCCGCUGCUGUCACCAGUGACUAUCGUUACAUCAUGAGCCCCUUGUGCCUUGGGAAUGAUGCUGAAAGUGAAAGACAUCCAGGUUUACCGGAUGGGGAAGCCAGGGGUCUUCUUUAUGAUUUGGAGAUGGGAGCCAAACAGUGUUAGCCUGCAAGAAAAGAGACUCGUCAUUCUUCUCCAAUGAGACAUAUGUAUCUUUAUCAUCAUAUGGUACUGCUUUACAGAGACAGUUCGGGGCUGUUUUUAACCAGCAUAGGUAGCUGUAAUGCAAGCUGCGUCUGUAGCUUCCUUCAGCUUUUGGGUCAUUGAGGCUGACAGCUCAAAAUGACCAUAAAUCUUAAUCACCUCUUGGCCUUCUAAGAGUACCUUCCUGCAGCAGUCAAUGAAAUCUAGUGGAAAUGGCCUCAGCCUGUUCCAGCCAGUAGUUUGUUGACAGAAUUCUAACUGAGUACUGGAGGUCAAGUAGGGUGCUAUAUAGCACUCAUUAUUUUGUAAUAUUUUUCCAGCUCCGGGCAAGCAAGUUUGGGACCAGCAUAUAUGAGGGGGGUGGGGGUGUAGUUCUCUGCUGGGUUUUCUUGUUGAUUUUUAUCCUCUUUCAGGGCAUGAGAAAAGAGUGAAUCUAAUUUAACAGUUCUGUCUAGACCUUUUUGUCUACCUCAGUGGUUCUCAAACUGGGAUCUGCGUGACUGCUUCUAUAUGAUGAAGAAACAUUGCACUUUUCCUCAGAGUGGUGUUUGUUUGCCAGAUGUAAACACUCCUCAAGACUUAUAGAGCAGCAAAGCAACAAAAUUCCAAUGUCUCCCACCCUUCAUCACAGGAUUGGCCUUUCUUGCCUAUUUUUGUUUUCUGUUUGCCAUAAUGUUAAUUACAAGCAAAGCUGCCUCAAAAGCAAAACUAAGGGGCAUAAAUGUAUGUGGGCAUAAGCAAGGUUCAAAGAGAUUGUAAGAAAAUGAUGGAGAAAAGGCUGUCAUCUUGUGGAAUAUUGGCUCGAUCCUGUACCCAUCAGUUUGGGAGUCAGCCCUAUUGAACUCAGCUGGACUUGUUUCAAUUUAGAAAAUUGAGUUCUGCAAAAUUCUAUACACCGAGCAAAAUACACAAACAAGCUAGAGUGACAAAGCAGCACUUUAUUUUAAAAGCAAAUUUCAUUCAAUUUCUUUUUUUUCUGAAACUUUAAAAAAUAAACAUUAGCUGAAGCAAAGAAAUCAAUUGGCUGGCAUCAGGAGAAAUAUUAGAUGCCAAUUGUAUACUUUUAUGUCAAAGAGGAGUUUUCAGACAAAAUUUGAGAACCACUGGUUCACCUACUAAAAGAUCUUCUGGUGUUAUGCUGAAGUUCGUGUAGAUUGGAACAUGGCGUUACCCAUUUUGGCAAUACUCCAGUAGAAAAUAUUAAUUUUUAAACACUCACUUAUCAAAUCAGCUUGUGUGAUUAAUCAGAACUGAAAAGAUAACAUGUGCUUUGAAAAAGAAGACAAGUUAGUCAAUGCUUUUGUAUAAAUUUUCCUAACAUAGGGUAGGUAAGCCCUAAGGAACUGAUGUGUUAUCAUGGCUUCUUGAUUUUUUUUCAAAAAAAAUAUGCAUUACCUCUCUGAGUAUUAAAUGGUCUCCCUGAUGCAAGGAAUGUUAGUAUACAGAGAAAGAGAAUCACGUUGGGUGUGAUACAACUCAAGUAUUUUGGAACAUAAUUACUAUGAGAGAAUUCAGCAGAGGGUUAAGGAAUUUGUCUCUUCGAGGUGUUGUCAAUCCAGUCAAUCCCAGGCAGCAUAAUCAGGGAUCAUUCUGUAAUCCAGCAAUAUCUACUGGGCCAUAGAUUCUCCAACUUCAGACUUAAUAUAUGUCAUAGCUGAACUUUUGAUAUUAAAAUCUUUGGGUGUUGGAAGCAAUUACUGGCUAUGUAGGUAGGUCCUAUGUAGCCUCCCGCCCUUCAGCCCAUAUAUAAAACCCAUAAAUUUCAAAUAGAAUCAGUUUAGAAUUUUAUUUCCAGAGUAUGGCUUGACUGCUAAACUGUAUUUCAGGAUAGAUCUCCUCCAACCAAUAAUCAUUAUGAAAGAUCACAACAUAACUUCAGUUCCGCUAAUAUGGUGGUGGUGCAGCCUGCAUUAGGCUAGGAGUGGUUCAGCUUUGCUCCUUUAACUUAUGGUGCAUCUGAUCCCUGUCAUAGAUGCUGUCUGGGCAAAAAUUAGUAAGGGAAUACCAUUGACAGCAUGUUUGUAUCAUGCUUUCCUGGUUGGAUUAGCCACUCAGUUAGGAGACAUUGCCUCCCAUAGAAUAGGUUAUCUAGAAUUUAAUGGAGGUCAGAUCACCCAACAUAUUGCAGUGAAGGGCACUUACAAAGCCCUGUCUACUAAUUAACAUGCACUUUAUCAAAUGUAACUUUUAAUUUAUCCUUUGUUUUAAGGUGGUACAUUUUCUACAAUUGGAGUGAUGUGGUCUUUCUCAUCUCCCUGUAAUCCUAUAGAUAAAAUAAAUCAAAGUCAUUCCAGCUUUUUCCAAAUGCUCUCAGGAUCUUUUAAACUACAAGUCCCAUCACCACUAUCCAUUAGUUGGAACUGAUCGAUGUUCUGUUCCAACACAUCUGUAGGACAUUACACUGGGGAAAGCUUUUUUAGCAUACUAAGAAAUAACCAAAGGCAAAGCUAUGUGGCUAGGAUUGCAUCCUGUUUUCAGUUGUUCUUCAAUUUUAUGGGACAUUGUACAAUCUGCAAGACAAUUUAUAUUAAGGAAACUAAUCUGCUUUAUAUCCUUCCCAUGCUAAAAACGGGGUGGGAUUCAUCAGGAGGAGGAAGCACACUUGGUCCCAAUCUCUUGCAACAAGUAUCUCAACAUUCUAUUUUCACUGUUGAGAAAAGCAUUUCCCCUUAUGUUUAACCGUAGGUGGCCUGCCAACCCACAUAAAGCAAAUGAGAAAUGAUGGGCACAGACAUAUUUGUUCAUACAAGUGUCUUUCACACUGCCAUAUAAAAUUACAAGUGGAUACAUUUUUUACAGAAAAAAGUGUGUGCCUGAGGAUAACUUGAAUGUUUGUCUCCCACAUCUUAGCACAUUCCCAUCCCUUCAAGGACUUUUUCUUCCCAUCCUCACUCCAAUAGCAGAAGAGACCAGAGCUGGGAAGAAAAAGACUUGGAAUUUUAGAGUACGAGGAACUAAAUUGAGUAAGGGCCCAGUUCCCCUUACUGACAUCAAACCUUUUUUGCUGCUUUUUGAAAGGAGCAGAUAAAUUGAAUCAUUCUAAGGCAGACUUUAGCCAAAGGUAGUGAUGUAAGACAGAUACAGUUAUUAGGCAGCAUUUUCUACUAAUUCGAUCACUCUGGUCCUUUCCCCAGCUAUUACCAUCCUACCAAAUUGGCACUCCAGCCAUACUUGUUUAUUAUUGUUCUUAAGAUAUGCCCUGCACCUCCUUAUCUAGUUUUCUGUUCUUAAGUGCAUUAGAGGGUGCUAUCCCAUUGCCAUUGUUGAAACAGGAUUUGACUGCCAAUCUGAUUGUUUUUGAUCAGUAAAUGUGAAAGUCUUCCACAAUGUCAGAAGUGGAACCAUGUCAGAGGGGGUUGGUGUCUCCUUUAGGUUCUUGGCUUAUCUACAGGGCAUACAAAAAUCUAUACUUUUGGCCCCUAAACCUGCCCACUACAUAUAUAAUAUAAGGUAUAGCUAGAAGAAAUCUAUUGCAUACUGGCAAUUAAAAUGAUAUGGCUAAGGGCUGCUAAAACUUAUUAACCCAUUUUCAUUAAGUUAUCAUAAAAUAAAGUGCAGAAAGAUUAGAAAGAUUACAAACAAUCACAACACAAUAUGAGGAUUUAGGAAAAAAUCUUUAUUCAAACAUCAGCAGUAUGGCCUCAUCAGCUGUGGUAUUUGGUGAGCAUAUGAGCAUAUCAUCACAAAACUAUAUUACCAAGAACCAGUAAAUUGUUGUGGUUCUUGCUAAUAUAAAAAUUAGUAAAACUGGAAGCAUAUUUAUAAUAUUCUAUACCCUAAAAGCAUUAGAUCUUGGACGCUAAACAAAAUCAGCCCUGGUUAGUAUUUUGAUGGGAGACCAGCAUUGAAUGCCUAGUGCUGUAGGCUAUAUUUCAAAGAAAGUAAGUAGCAAAACCUCUUUGCCUAAGGAAACCCUUUGAAAUUCAUGGGGUCACUAUAAGUUGACAGAUGACUUGAAGGCCCUUCACACACAAAGUAAGUAUUGAAAAAUUUAUAGUUGACAUCUGAAAUGAAGUAGCAGAGUUACUCUUCUUGGAGUUGGGAAAAUAGAUAUAUUCCAAGCAGUUAUCCUAUGACAUCUUAUGAUAAAGAUCCAAGUUUCAUAUCUCAUUCUUCAAUUUCAGCUUAAUUUUAAAUUGCUUAUUUUGAAUAUUUGUGAUCAGUCACCACAAGCAUAUGUUCUACAAAAUAUUUUCCAAAACUUCUGCAAUAAUUCGACAUGGUUGCAUUGGACAUUACCCCCUUCACUCAAAAUGUGCAAACAGGAACGUCGAGAAUGUAAUUCCUAAAUUAUGCUGCCUUUCCACUAUACCUGUACUCUCAUAUUCUGCAGACUAAGACAAGAUUACUUGUCUAAUCUUGUAGUAUUUAUGUACUAAUAGUGAACUCAGUUCCAGCCCUUAUGAAGCCAAAACUGCACCAUCCAUGCAUAAAAGAGAGGUGGUGGAUUUCUUUCUUGGGAGACGACUGCAAGGUUUGCAGAAGUACAAAAGGACUAAAGUGAGAGAAUGACCAAAGCACUCCAAUGAAGACUUAGUAUACUCAGUGGAAACAGAAUGUUAGUUGAUGUAUGGGGGAAAUUUAAAAUACAGAAGAAGGAUAGUGGAGUAGAGUGGUUGAAGCCAUGCACAGAAACACUCCACACUAAGGUUUUGUUGCAGGUCUCACUUGUGCCUCUUUAUUUGGAAUUAAGUUUCAGUGACAUCAGUAGGAUUUAGUCCCAAAUAAAUAUGCAUAGGAAUAUAGCUAAAGUUUCCUGCAGCAGCCACUUAAGAAGAGAAGCAAAUGUACAUUUAAAAGAUUAAAUUUUCUGAAGCAUGUAUUUAGUUUUUAUGCUUUUUUAAAAAUAAAAUAUGUUCUGUGUCUUA